UGAAGCAUCCAGCGCGCCGAAUCCUCCAACCACCGCGGCGCUUCCAAACCCUUCGAACCAAUGAAGCAGUGAAGCAGCGGUGACGCCGCAGGCUUCGGCUGCCAUCGGCGGCGUUCGGGAUGAAGCCCACACGGCUCCGGCUCUCGUUUCGAAUCCCUCCGCUUCGGGAGGGUUUGCGGGCUCCGAGGCCUCCGCUCCACCUCCGCGGCCCCGCUGCUCCUCCGCGCCGCUCAUGACAUGGAGCCGGGCUCUCCCCGGGGACUCACGCACCUCAGCAAAUGCGGGAUUCUGCGGGAUUUCAUCGCGGAGGAGCUGAACCUGGCCGCGCGAGACAUCAUCGAGGAGAUGGAGAGGACCAUGGCGGACUACGAGGUGAAGACGUCCGAGCUGAAGCAGGAGAUCGAGGAGCAGAGGAGGCAGCUGGAGUACCUGCAGCCCGAGGGCUCCUCGGAGAACAGUGGGUUCUGGUCCGGUUCUGGUCUAAAGAGGGACUUUGACAGCUUUUGGCGCGAUCAACAGAGAAGCGGCAGACAGCAGCCGCCAUGUUGGCGCUGAUGCGGCCAUUACCCAUCAUGCCUCUCGCCAGGAAGAGGCCCCGUUCUCAGAUGUGGGAGCACUUUGAGCUGAUUGGUCCAAACAGGCUGCAGUGUCUGCUGUGUCCCCAGCAGUUGUCCUACAACAACAACACGUCGUCCAUGAUGAGGCACUUCAAGGCCAAGCAUGACGGCAUUCUAGAAACAGACUACGACAAGAAGCACGAUCUGGACCAGGCCCUGGUCAACCUGGUGGUGAAGGACUCCCAGCCCUGCUCCAUCGUGGAGGAUCGGGGCUUCAGGGACUUUGUGAAGAAGCUGGACCCGUCCUACGCGCUGCCGAGCAAACAGGCUCUGAAGAAGAUGGUGGACGACCGCUACCAGGAGGAGAAGGCCGACGCCCAGGCGCAGCUGCGGGAGGCGGAGGCCGUCAGCCUGACGGUGGACCUGUGGACGUCCGCGGACACGCGCCUGGCGGUGGCGUGUCACUACGUGCUGGAAAACUCCAAGUUGGCCACGGUGCUGCUGGGGGUUCUGCCGUUCCCCCAGAACCACGGUCCCACGGACGUGGCGGACGCUCAGAGGACCCUGAUGGCGGAGUGGGGCCUUGAGGGGAAGGUAAAGUGCCUCGUGAGCGACACCACGCCGGCCAUGGUGGCCGCCGCGGACGAUUUGGCCCUACCGCACGUUGAGUGCAUCGCCCACGCCCUGAACGGCGUGGUCCGGAGGGCUCUGGACAAAACCGCAGGUCUGAAAGGUCUGCGCAGGCGGGCGGGCGAGGUGGUGGCGCUCUUCAGGUCCAGCGCCGCCGCCAAGGAGAAGCUGAGGAGCAAGCAGCAGAAGCUGGCGCUCCCGGUGACCAAGCUGGUGCGGGAGGAGAGCUCGCGCUGGACCAGCACCUUCCUGAUGCUGCAGAGCCUGCUGGACGCGCGGCGGGCCGUGGGCUCCGCCCUGACGGCGCUCGGGGCCAAGGUGGAGCCUCUGUCCUGCGACGAGAGCGAGACCUCGGCGGCCUGCCUGCAGGUGCUGAAGCCGUUCUACACGGCGACUGUGGAGAUGUCGGAGCAGAAGCGGGUGUUGGGGUCCAUGGGGAUCCCACUGGUCAAGAUGCUGCUCCUCGCCACCGAGGAGGUGGCGGAGGAGUCGGACAACGUGACGGCGGAGCUGCUGGGCCAGAACCUGUCCGCGGGCCUCAGGAGGGAGUUCGACGGCCUGGAGGAGAACCCCGUCCUGUCGCUGGCCACGCUGCUCGACCCCCGGUUCAAAACCAUCGGCUUCCGCUGCCAAGAGAAGGCCCAGCAGGCCGUGCAAACGCUGACCGCCGAGUGUGCCGCGCUGGUGAGGCCCGCGGCGGACAGACCCACUGAGCGUCCGGCUCAGCAGACCUCCACAGCUUUCAACCUCUGGAAGAGUCUGGACGACCAGGCCUCCAUGGUGAGAACCCACAGCAACGCCACCGCGGACGCCACGUUGGAGGUCCAGCGCUACAUGACGGAUCCUCCCCUGGAGCGGUCGCAGGAUCCUCUGGUCUACUGGAAGGAGCACAAAAACAUUUACCCGCACCUGUUCUCCCUGGCCAAGAAGCACCUGUGCAUCCCGGCGUCCUCCGUGCCCUUCGAGCGCGUCUUCUCCAAAGCCGGAGACGUUUUCAGCCGGAAGCGGAACCGGCUCAGUCCAAAGGCGGCGGAGAAAAUCCUGCUUCUCAACAAGAACAUCUGAGACGUCACGUCCUCGGCCGGCAGCUCGUCUUCUGACAGCCGCUGCACCUGACGGAGGAACCGGAACCAGAACCAGCAGAGGCUCCGACAGCUGAACCUGUGAGACCAUCAGGUCUGCAGAGGAAGCGACUCAAAAGGAAAACGGUUGGAAGGUGAAAACCUUUUAAUGGUCAAUGAAAUCCGUCUAAAGGAUAAUAAAUACAUUUGAAAAUCUA